UCAGACUAUCAAUACUUGAUAGUUAAAGUGGUACAUUGUGAGAUUAGUAACAAAGAUGGCACAGAGUAUGGAUGUCCAAAGUGAGAAAUAUAAAGAAGAAUGCAAGAGCAGGCAAACUGUUGUGAGAAAAUCCCUCGAGCUUAUAGCAGACCCACUGAGACAGCGUGUUAUCAAAAUGCUCCAGGACAACUUAAAGAAAUAUACACCACCCUCGAAGUGUACCAAAAGAGGAAACUAUAUUCGAGAAGCUAUUGAGAAAGAUUAUAGAAAUAUUAAAAUCAAAUUAAGUGAAUCUAGUGUGGCACAAUUGGUGACAAUUCAAAAAUCAAAAUUUACUCAUAGUGUCUUCACCUAUGGCAGUCUCUUCCUGACAGAUUACGACAUGAAAAAAGCUACAUCAUUUCAAGAAAUUGAUGACCCAAAGGUGUAUUUGGACCUUCUAAUAAAUGUCCCAAAUGUAGAAACAUAUCACAUGGUCGACAAUGCAAAGAAACUUUCUGCAUUUUGGGAGUAUACUAAUAAAAAUAAGUUCCAAAAGUUUACAGAAGGAGCUACUUCAAUAUUCUUUGAUACAUUGAAGAAGCUAAUCCAACAGAUUGUACCUGGAGCUAAAUCAGAUGAAAUUAUUGGAGAUAUAGAGAAGUGGGAAGGCAAAAAAUCAUCCUUCAUGCCUGAAAAUCUCAAAUCGGGAGAAGAUGAGCAGAAUAAAGAAGUAAUUGAAAUCUGCAAACCCCCAAGCAGCAAUAACCUUGAUGAUGAUUCAAAGCUUGAAAAUGGUUCGCAACUCGAGGAGCCUGAUUCAAAGACCGACGAAGUUGAUUCAAAACUUGAAGAACUGGUACUCAAUUCAAUAACUCCAUCUUCAAGCAGUAGUGAGCAGUCAACAAAUAUAGAUAUUUCUACAAGAGUAUCCAAACCAGCACCCAAGGUGAAUGUAAAUGCCAACCCUAUCAAGCAUAAACACAAGAAGAUAUGUGCAGACAAUCUUGGCAACAACUGGCGGGAGUUUGGAAGACAUGAGGAAGUCAAUUUUACAGAAGGCAAAAUGGAUAAUAUUAAAGCAGAUACGAAUAUGCAAUCUGAGACAAUCUACAGGCUAAUACAUGAUUGGUGUUGUAAACUAGGAUCAAAAGCCACUGUGUCAAAAUUAGCACAAAUCUUAGUGGACAUUGACAUGAAACAUAUAGCUGAUGAAGUACUACAGGCUUAGACCUCAAGAUAACAACCAAUGGUUAU